ACCGGUCAGAUCACAAACAAACCUGGCGUCUGUGAUUUAUUGCCGCAGGGGAUUGCUGAGACUGUCUGCUGUGUGAAAGAAGACCAGUGAAUGGGGACAGACAACCGGGUUGAAGACCGUGAGACGUUACACCUGCUGCCCCAGUACUGUUGGUAAUCUCCUGGAUUUCAAACCAAUCCCAUAAUCCAGUAGGGGUGGCUCAAUCAGACGCGGCAGUAACAUUCAGGCUGUUUUGAAAAAAAAAUAAACAGUAAACUAUUUUAUCAGAAUAAAAUAACAAAAACAAGUGUGUUACGACAUGUUUUCAGUUGACACAGAAUGUUCUGAUGAAUUCUCUGGUGUGAAAUACAUCUGAGUGAAACUCAAAAGUGGAAGUGAAAGUGUCUUAAAUGUUGAGUAAUAUUUAUCCUUCGCAUUAGAGAUAGCAAAACAGGGUGUGACUUUGUAAAGAAAUGGCAGCAAACACUCCUCGUCUGGAAGAAGAGCUCUCCUGUGCUGUGUGCUGUGAGAUUUUCAAGGAUCCUGUAACUCUUCAUUGUAACCACAGUUUCUGUAAAGCAUGUCUGAAUCAGUGCUGGAAAGAGAAUGGAGCUCGGGAGUGUCCGGUGUGCAGGAGAAGAUCUUCAAUUGAGUGGCUUGCUGUGGAUUUCAGGCUCAGGAAUAUUGUGGAGUCCUUCCUAAAAGAACACAGUCACAAACCUGCAGCUCCUCCUGGAAUACUCUGCAGUCUACAUGAUGAAAAACUGAAGCUGUUCUGUGUGGAUGAUGAAGAGCCCGUCUGUCUUAUUUGUCAAACUUCAGAGAAACAUGAGAAUCACAAGCUCCGUCCAGUCCAGGAAAUUGCUCAGGAUUAUAAGGGAAAACUCAAGACUGCACUGAGGCCCUUGCAGGACAAGCUUGAACAUGUUAAUAAAGUUAAUGAAGAAUGUGAUAAAACAGCAGAGCACAUCAAGAAACAAGCCCAGCAAACAGAGAGGCAGAUAAAGGAGGAGUUUGAGAAACUUCACCAGUUUCUACGAGAUGAAGAAAAGUCCAGGAUAGCUGCACUGAGGGGGGAAGAGGAACAAAAGGGAAGAAUCAUGAAAGAGAAGAUUGAAAAACUUACAAGAGAAAUCUCAUCCCUUUCAGACACAAUCAGAGUGAUAGAACAGGAGCUGGAAGCUGAAGACAUCUUAUUCCUGCAGACCUACAAAAGCACAAAGAGCAGAGCCGAGUGCACACUGCAGGAUCCACAGUGUGUUUCAGGUGCGCUGAUAGAUGUAGCCGAGCACCUGGGCUCUCUCAAGUACAAAGUGUGGGAGAACAUGCUUGGGAUUGUUCAAUACACUCCAGUGACUCUGGAUCCCAAUACAGCACACCCUAAAUUGAUUGUGUCUGAGGAUCUAACAGGUGUGCGAGACAGCUUUCAGAGAAAAUGUGAUGAGUGGCAGCAGCUUCCUGACAACACAGAGCGGUUCAAUGAGCUUCCUUGUGUGCUGGGUUCUGAGGGAUUCACUUCAGGGAAACACUACUGGGAAAUCGAUGUUGGAAACAAAAUGGACUGCUUUCUGGGUGUGAUGGAAGAGUCCAGCCAGAGGAAAGGGCAUUUCACUGCAAACCUAGGAGCAGGAUACUGGGUUAUAACCCUGCUGAAGGGGGAUCAGUACUGGGCAAGGACCUCACCAUGGACACGACUCACUCUGGAGAAGAAACCCCAGAAGAUCAGAGUUCAGCUUGACUGUGAUGGGGGGGAGGUGGCAUUCUUUGAUGCCAGUGAUAUGACACCCAUCUACACUUUUAAACAGAGAUUUACAGGGAGAAUAUUUCCAUUGUUCUGUCCUGGCUUUCCUACCUCUGUCCCCCUCAGAAUCUGCCCUGUGAAGGCAGUUAUAAAAGUGGACUAGCCCACUGUGUUCAGUAUAAACAAAAGGGAUGCCUAAUAAUAAUAAUAAUAAUAAUAAUAAUAAUAAUAAUAAUAAUAAUAAUAAUAAUAUUAUGAAUAAUAAUAAUAUAAAUAAUAAUAAUAAUGAAGCUGUGCCCCUGCUGGCCGCUGCACACUGAUGGGGGGGGGUGAGGUGUGGCAGUUCCAGGUCAAGAGUUUCAGUUGUUUUGUAGUUUACUAAAGGUGCUGGGGGUUUGUGUAUAUGGGUAUGGAUAUGGGGGGGGGUCAUUGCUGUUAUAUAUCAGGGGAUUGUGAGAGAAAUUAAGAUUAUUUUAAUCUAAACUUUUAAACUCAAUGGAGUGAAGAAAAUUAUCAUUUAAAUUAUUUGGUAAAUAUUCUGCAGGUGUGUAUGGAGUUCAUUUACAACACACUAACAAAGGGCAUUAGUACCAUUCAUAACUAGCUUACUAACAUGUAAACAAAAAUUAGUUUAAUGUUUUGUUGGAUUUUUUUAAACAGCAUUGUGUUUAUCAUUUCCAGGUUAAACAAGUUCAUCACAUGAGUGAAAUGGGUUUCGAUUUGGUUUAAGUGAAUGUUAAAGAAAACAGCACUUAAUAUAUUACCAAUUGUUAAAUAAUAUAUUUUGUUUACUUAUUACUACAUUGAUACAUUUUGAAAAGUGAUUACUAAACCUGUGCAGAUGUUCAUGUCAAUUUUUCAAACUAUGACUAGAAAACAUAAAAUCAAUCUAUGUAUGGAAAACCUGUGUUUUACUGUCUGAAAUUAGAGACAGAAGUUUCUAUUGUCUUGUAUUACCUCUUUGAUACAGACACAUCUAUCUCUUACCCAAUAAUAUUUUUGUUUGAGAAUAUAGAAUCAACUAGAAAAACAAAACACUUAAAAAUUAAACAAGUAAUUUUGUAUUUAAAAAUGAAGCUGACAUGAGUACACAUUUAUUUGAAUUUUCAUGUCUAUAUAUGUCCACAAGGGGGUAGUGUUUACUGAUAAAUCAGAAUGAUGGGUUAUUACUAGGAAUUCUGAUUUUUGGGUGUUUUUUUUAAUUCAGGUGAAUGAUUUUUAAAAAUUGAGUAGAAUUUAUAACAUAAUAAAGAAAGAAUAAAUAUUUGGGUAGAAAUCAUGUAAAAAUGUGCUUAUGGUCAAUGGUGCCAGUUCUUUCUGUAUGCAUUGCAUUUGAUCACAGAUAACUGCAGUUCUACAUGGACCCCGGCAGACUUGAAAGUUAAGUCAUUAUGUAAUCUAUUCAUUUUCAGUUUGCAGACCCUAUAGUUGCGUUACACAUCAAAACUUAUGAAAAUACUUUAGCCGUGUCUGCGAGAGUCCCUGGAAUUUGUGCCAAAAUGAAAUUAAAAGAAUGUAAGGUUUG